AUGGCUUCUCAGAUGUUUUAUGUUAUCCAUGAAGUUUCCUUCAAGGAAAAUCCUUCUUUGAACCUUUUUGAUGUGCCUAAUGUGGUGACAAAGUUCUAUCAGCAUGCCCUUGCCUUAGCAUUUGCUGUGAAGGAGAUCAAUGAGAAUCCCAUGAUUUUGCCCAAUGUUACACUUGGGUUCCACAUUUACGACAGCUACUAUGAUGCAAGGAUGACCUACCGCACCACUCUGGACCUUCUCUUCAAGUCAGAUAGAUUUGUCCCCAACUACAAAUGUGACAGCCAGAAAAAACUCAUAGCUAUCAUCGGAGGACUUGGUUUUCAUAUCUCCCACUAUAUGGCAAACAUCUUAGGUCUUUACAAGAUUCCUCAGUUCACAUAUGGCUCAUUUCCCCCAGUGAAAGAAACUGAUAAUAGACACUCCCUUUCCUUUUACCACAUGGCUCCAAAUGAGUCCCAUCAGCACAGGGGGAUCAUCUGGCUACUUCAGAAGUUUAGGUGGACAUGGGUUGGGCUCUAUGUUGCAGCUGGGAACAGCGGAGAACCAUUUUUGGAGGCACUAGAAUCAUUAUUUUUCCAGAAUGGAAUCUGUUCGGCAUUUGUCAAAAGGAUUCCACAGCAAGCCCAUUUUGAGAAUUUUGGGGACAUACUCAACACAGCUUCCAAUUUGCAUUUACCACUGAGAAAUAAAACACCCAGUGUGUUUAUCAUGUACGGAGAAUCAAUGAUACUUUCAACUUUCAGAACUUUUCUAUUAGUCCAAGAUGCAUUAAAUGAUGAAAACACAUUAUAUGGAAAAGUGUGGAUUAUGACAACCCAGAGUGAUUUCAUUUUAUCAGGCCUUCAAAGGAGUUUGGAUCUCCAGUUGUUCCAAGGUGCCAUUUCCUUCACAAUUCACACAAAUGAGCUUCCAGGAUUCAUAGAAUUUCUUCAGAUCACAAAACUUGAUAGGAAACAAGGAAAUGGUUUUCUCAAAGACUUCUGGGAGCAAGCAUUUGACUGUUCAUUUCCAGAUCCAGGGAUGCCUAUCAUGGUUGAUGGCACAUGUACCGGGGAGGAGAGGCUGGAAAGUCUCCCUGCGAGUCUUUUCGAAAUGCAGAUGAUUGGUGACAGCUACAGCAUCUAUAAUGCUGUCUGGGCUUUUGCUCAUGCACUGCAUACUAUGCUCACAACCGGACCCGAGCACAACACAAUUCUGGGGAGUAAUAGUAUUGAAUUUCUAUCUCUCCAGCCUUGGCAGCUCCACCCAUUUCUUCAAGGCAUUUCAUUUAACAACUCAGCUAAUGAAGAAGUGUCCUUUAAUUACAAGAGGGAAAUGAGAGAUAUGGACAACUGUUUCACAUGUCCAGAAGAUCAAUAUUCAAACAAGAAUAAAAAUGGGUGCAUCCACAAAACUAUACAUUUUCUAUCUUAUAAAGAAAGGUUAGGGGUUACAUUAGCCACUGUUGCUAUUUCAUUUUCCCUCAUUACAGCCUUGAUGCUAGGAAUAUUUAUUAAGCACAGAGUCACCCCCAUAGUGAAAGCCAACAACAGGGGACUCACCUAUACUCUCCUCAUCUCCCUCCUGCUCUGCUUCCUCUCAUCUUUGCUCUUCCUUGGCCAACCUGGGAAAGUGACCUGCCUUCUCCGACAAUCUGCUUUUGGCAUCAUCUUCUCCAUGGCGGUUUCUUGUGUAUUGGCCAAAACCGCCAUAGUUUCUCUUGCAUUUAUGGCCACAAAGCCUAGAUCUAGGAUGCAGAAAUGGGUGGGGAAAAGACUAGUCUAUACCAUUGUCCUUUCCUGUACCUUCAUUCAAGCGAGUAUUUGCACCUUGUGGCUAGCAACCUCUCCCCCAUUCCCUGAUUUAGACAUGCAAUCAUUAACUGAAGAAAUCAUUGUGCAAUGUAAUGAAGGGUCUGUUACCAUGUUUUAUUGUGUCCUUGGUUACUUAGGCCUUUUGGCCAUUGCCAGUUUCCUUGUGGCCUUCCUUGCCCGCAAGUUACCGGACAGUUUUAAUGAAGCCAAGUUCAUCACCUUCAGCAUGCUAGCAUUUUGCAGUGUAUGGCUCUCCUUUCUUCCAACCUACCUGAGCACAAGAGGAAAAUACAUGGUGGCUGUAGAGAUCUUCUCAAUAUUGGCUUCCAGUUCUGGGUUGCUGGGUUUCAUCUUUUCCCCUAAAUGCUACAUCAUUGUGAUGAGGCCUGAACUAAACAGCAGGGAACAACUCAUAAGAAGAAAGUGUUAA